CUUGUCUCCCUCUGAGCAUAGAGGAGGGGGAGGCGCAGCACAUGCAUUGAGAGAACACACACUUGCACACACACAAAGUAGUAGCAGCCGCAUUUUCACAGCCUGCUCUUCAGACUGACAGCAGCAAACGGAGCUGAGAGGCAGAAAGAGGAAACAAGGAACUCACCUAAAGAGGAGAGGAAAGGAGGGAAGACCCUCACAGGAUUUGCUGCAUUUUUUCUCUUUCAGCUCUCUGGGGGCCCUAAGAGGAAUCUCCCCUGUGCUCUUGUUGAACUGAACUUGCUCUGCUGGAGGACCUGCACUCUGCUAUGGCAGCCUUGGUGGGACACGGAAACACAUUCCCCCUCUCAUCUCCCUCCUCUCAUCUUCGGACUUGCUUCCUUGGGGCUGUGUUGGCUCUCUCCAGUCAAGUCCUCUGCUUUAACCUGGACACUACUCACACACUUCAUAAGUUGGGAGACCGGGGCACCUUCUUUGGUUUCUCUGUGGCACUUCACCAGCAGCUCAUCCCAGAGUCUCAGAGCUGGAUCCUUGUGGGGGCACCCCAGGCAGCAGGACAGGGUCUGCUGAGGGGAAGUCGACCAGGAGCCCUUUUCAGAUGUCCAAUCACACCCGAGGAGUACGACUGUGAGAGGGUCGACAUCGAUGAAGACAUAAAUCUGGAYAGAGAGAGUAAAGACAACCAGUGGCUUGGAGUUACAGUCAAAAGUCAGGGGAUUGGUGGGAAGGUGGUGACCUGCGCCCACCUGUACGAGUUGAGGCAACGAGUGAAACAACCUUCAGAAACUCGAGACCCCAUCGGACGCUGCUACGUCCUGAGUGAUGACCUGACGAAGCGAGACGAACUGGAUGGAGGAGAAUGGAAGUUCUGCGAGGGUCGACCUCAGGGACACGAGCAGUUUGGUUUCUGUCAGCAGGGCCUGUCUGUUAGUUUCACUCCAGACAAUAACUUCAUCCUGUUUGGGGCUCCAGGGACGUAUAACUGGAAAGGUGAGAUGCAAGUCCAGCUCCUAAACCAGACUCUGCUGGAGCUUGGUUUCUAUGAUGACGGUCCGUACGAGGUGGCAGAUCACAAAGAGCAUAAUGCCAGACUCAUCCCUGUGCCUAACCACAGUUACCUGGGGUUUUCAGUCGACUCAGCUGURGGGAUAAUGAGCCUCGGGGAGCUGACCUUUGUGGCCGGCGCACCUCGAGCCAAUCACACAGGAGCCGUGGUGCUGCUGAGGAAGAACAACGUGCACCGCCUGGUGCCGCAGCACAUCUUCUGGGGGGAGGAGCUGGCGUCCUCAUUUGGGUAUUCAGUGGCCACAGGAGAUCUCAACAAGGACGGUUGGACAGAUUUAAUUGUCGGAGCUCCCAACUUCUUUGACCGUAAAGCAGAGAUCGGCGGGGCUGUUUAUGUGUAUCUAAACCCCUUCGGUCACUGGGACGAUCAGGCUCGACCAAUCCGCCUCAACGGGACUUACGACUCCAUGUUUGGGAUGACAGUCAGCAACAUCGGAGACCUCGAUCAGGACGGAUAUGGAGAUAUCGCUGUGGGAGCUCCAUUUGAUGAAGAUGGAAAAGUUUUCAUCUACAGAGGCUCAGAUGCUGGAAUUGAGACUAAACCUGCUCAGGUUCUGGACGGCCGGGACUUUGACGUGAGACGUUUUGGAUAUUCCAUCUCAGGGGGUUUGGAUAUUGAUGAAAACCACUACCCAGAUGUAGCAGUUGGCUCGCUUAACGAUUCAGUAGUUCUCUUCAGGUCUCGUCCAGUCAUCCAUGUGAUCAGAGACGUAUCAAUUGAUCCUCAAUACAUUGACCUGCAGAAUUACAACUGCAAGGGAAGAGAUGGAGUCUGCACUGAUGUUAAAGCCUGCUUCACCUUCACAGCCUACCCAGAACACUAUUCACCGCAUAUUACCCUUGUGGUGCACUUUGAAGCCGACACUGAGCGCAGGAAGCUGGGCCUCCCGCACCGCGUCAUCUUCCUGGGUCGUAGUUCACUGGAGCCUGAGUACACACAGACAGAGGAGGUGGAGCUUCAUCGACAGCGUCACCCCGUGUGCACCACCGCCAUCUUCCAGCUGCACGAGAACAUUCGUGACAAACUACGACCCAUAUCUUUAACGAUAACCCACACGAUCAAACCUGUGCCACCUCGCAGACACUCAGGCAAAAGACCACAAAGGCUGCCACCUGUACUCAACCUCACUCCUUCAAAUAAGCUGCACUCUGAGGUAAACUUCCUGCGAGAAGGAUGUGGCACGGACAAAAUCUGYCAGAGCAACCUGAAGCUGAGCUACCAGUUUGGAACCCGACUUCCAAACUCUGACCUCUUCAUCGCUCUGCCAAGAGAUGAGGAAGGCUUGCAGGUGUUUUCUCUGUCAGACCAGCGGCUGGUGGUCCUGGAGAUCACCGUCACCAACAUGCCCUCUGACCCUCUUCAGCCUGAGGAGGAUGGUGACGAUGCUCAUGCUGCUCAGCUGCUGCUCAGCCUCCCAAAUAUGCUGUCGUAUGCCGGCUCUCGGGUCCCAUCACAGAUGAGAUGUCAAGCAAAUCAGAAUGGCUCCCAAGUUGAAUGUGAUCUGGGAAACCCUGUCAAACGAAACACAAAGUUAAAAUUCACCAUCAACCUGAGCACGGCUAACAUCACCACAGAGACGACCGAGUUAACCGCAGACCUCCAGCUGUCCACUAUCAGUGAGCAGGCUGACCUAGACCCCAUCACAGCUUAUGCUAAAGUUGUGAUAGAGCUCCCUCUGUCUGYCAGCGGACUGGCUCGUCCUCACCAACUGUUCUUCAGUGGGGCAGUGAAGGGGGAGAGCGGCAUGACCAGUCUGGAGGACAUUGGCAGCCCUGUGGAGUUCGAGUUUGUGGUUUCAAACCCUGGGAAAGCUCUCCAGACGCUUGGAUCUGCCUACCUCAACAUCAUGUGGCCCAGUGAGCUGGCUAACGGAAAGUGGCUCCUCUAUCCUGCAAGCAUGAAGUUUGCUGGCCGCCCAGAGACACACUGCACCCCAAAAGAAGCCUUGAAUCCUCUGAAGCUGCAGAGCACCUCACCUGCAAACAAUUCACAAGCUGCUGGUGAGAAGCAGGUGGGCAGAAGUCGUCGCUCUUAUCCAGAGGAGGAAGGUCAAGUGAUGACAAAAGGCAGCGUGGGGCGAACCACUCCAGCUGUGGCAGCUUCAGAGAGACGCAAGUCCCUCAAACUGGAUUGUCUCCUGGGGUCGGCGCGCUGCAUUCUGUUCCAGUGUCCUCUCCACAGCUUCACUGGUCAGGCUGUCCUCAACAUACAUGCCAGGCUGUGGAAAAGCAGCUUUAUUGAGGAUUUCCCAGCGGUCAGUGCUCUGGAGCUGCUGGUCAGAGCCAACAUCACUGUGAAAUCAAGCAUCAAACACCUGGUCCUCAGGGAUGCAACGACACAGAUUCCAGUGAUGAUCUAUCCAGAGUUGGGUCUUGCUGAUCAGUACUGGAUCCCCUGGUGGAUCAUCCUAAUAGCCAUUUUGGCAGGCAUCCUGCUGCUGACUCUCCUUGUAUGCAUACUGUGGAAGUGUGGCUUCUUCCGACGCGGCCAUUACAAAGACAAACUUCCUCAGUACCACGCGGUGAAGAUUCCUCGUGAGCAUCGGCCGCAAUUCCAGACUGAGACGUCGGGAAGUGUCCAUAAAAAGGAAUGGGCCACGCACUGGAGUGACGGGACCUUGUAACCUCUGAAGCUCUGUUUGGCUUGAGCAAUUCAAAUGUGUGGCACUCACUGUAACUAACUGACUUAAAAAAGAAAAAAAAAAGGAAAAAAAAGAAAGGAAAUAAGUGCACAAAGACUGGGAUUGUGACAACUUGUGUACACUUUACUGUCAGGACAUGAAUUUUGGUGGCCUGUGAACAGACCUGUGUCCUUCACACUGCAGCCCAUCAACAACUGGCCUCAGUCUGUUUCCACUGUGCCGCGUUUCACAAUCUGACAGCAAACACUGAAGGCCAACACCGACGUUACAGCAAGUCUUGCUGCUCAACAUGUUUUACCACCAACARUAGGAAGCUCCAACGCUUUGCUGUCUGUCAGCAGUUUUGACUGGCAGAUUAAAGGAGGACAGAACAUCAAACACACGCAUGAAUGCACAAACAUACAGGACUCAUUUACAUAAAGACAUUCUGAUUUAUAUGGCUGACAUGUCAAAAAUGACUACUUUUCUCUUGACUUCUGGUAGGCUAAAAUUAGUCUGGGCAAAACAACAACAAAAGAUGUUAAGUAAAAGAAUGUUAGGGAAUCUUUUCACUUUUUUUUAGUUCAGUGACAUUUGUGACAUAUAAAUGUUUUUCCAUAUUCACAAUCUUUGCAGUCUCAUCAGUCUUUUUUUCCUAGUUUAGUAUUUUUUUGUAAUCUCAGUCACACCCACUGUACAUCUUGUGUCUACUGCCUGAGUGAUCUUGAAUAAAAACCUGAAACAUGACCACA